AUGACUAGAGAAGCUUACUUAGAUGAAAUAAAAGAUGGUUUAUACUGUGAUGCUACAGUUGCCAAAAUUUGGGGUGUUGCGUAUCCAGCAUUAGGGGAGUCACAACCACCAACUAAAUUCCCAGAUCAAUCUAAAGGAAGUAGAUACACCUAUAGAGACUCAGAUUGGUGGACCUCAGGAUUUUUUCCAGGUUCAAUUUACACCUUAUUAGAGAGGUGCGAGAAGUAUCCUGCAUACUUUCCAAGUAAAAAAAUCAACCCGGUCAAAUUGGAAUAUGCAGCAAAAUGGUGGGCUGAAAGUAUGGCUAAACACAAGAAUAAGACUGACAAUCAUGACUUGGGGUUUAUGCUUGUUCCACCUUUUGAAAAAGAAUAUUUGCGCAGUGGAAGUGAGAAGUCUAAGGAUAUUCUAAUCAAGGGAGCAAAUUCUUUGGCUUCUAGAUUCGAUGAAAGAGUUGGUUGCAUUAGGAGCUGGGAUGAGCUUGUACCUAUAAAGGAAAGCAAUAAUAGAACUUCAAAUUUUGAUAAAGAUUUGGUGGUUAUCAUUGAUAAUAUGUGUAAUUUGAAUCUUCUAUACUUGGGAGCAGAAUUGAGUGGCGAUUCUCGCUUGUCAGAUAUUGCCACUACUCAUGCUGAAACUACUUUAAAGAAUCACUUCAGAGAAGAAUGGUCAUCUUACCACGUUGUAAUGUAUGAUAGGGAAUCUGGAAAAGCUAAAGAUAAGUUUACUUUCCAAGGUUAUGCCGAUGAGUCAUCUUGGACUAGGGGUCAAGCUUGGGGUAUAUUAGGAUUCACAGAAGCCUACAUGUAUACCAAGGAUAAAAAAUUUUUAGAUGUUGCAUUGAAUAUUACAAAAUAUUACUUAUCACAAUUGCCAGAAGAUGGUGUACCACCAUGGGAUUUCCAUGCACCUGACAAACAAAUUCGAGAUGUAUCUUCUGGGAUGGCUGCUGCUUUUGGUAUGCUUAAAAUUUACGAAUGCAUCAAAGACGAAGAAAUUUUAAACAGUGCUUUAAAGCUUGUGAGAGAUUGUAUUAAUUUGGCUUAUAACAAGAAAGAUAUUUUGAAAGAUGAUGGUACGGUUGAACUUGGAUCUACUGAUACAAUUCUUGCGAAGUCGACAAUGAUUAAUAAUCCUGCAGUCGUAGACGAAUGGAGAAUAUUUGAUCAUGGUUUAGUGUAUGCGGACUACUAUUUUUUAAUGAUUGGAAACAAAUUAUUAGAACUUGGUUUAUAUAAUUAG